UCUCCCCCUCAGGGUCAGCCGCUUUCUCCUGGAGUACUUUAUGCUGGUCAUCUGCCUCGAGGAUUGUUUGAACCUCAAUUAAAAUCUUACUUUGGACAGUUUGGCAAAGUCACUCGAACAAGAGUUUCCAGGAGUAAAAAGACCGGACGGAGCAAAGGCUAUGGAUUUGUGGAGUUUGAGUGUGAUGAGGUUGCUAAGAUUGUGGCUGAGACCAUGAACAACUACCUUAUCGGAGAACGGCUCAUAAAGUGUCAAGUGGUGCCACCUGAGAAGGUCCAUGAAAAGCUAUUUGUUGGUUCCAGGUUGGGCUUCAAGAAGCCAAAGCAGCCUGCAGUUGCUCGUUAUAACAAACAGCAUGCUGAAGAUGAUCUGAAGAAAGUUGGCACAAAGCUUUUAAGCAAAGAGUCUAAGCUACGCAAGAGACUGGCGGCAAAGGGCAUUGACUAUGAUUUCCCAGGAUUUGCAGCUCCGAUUCCAGCCAAGAAAGCUCAAUUAGAAGCCAAUGGUUCAGUAGGCAGCAAGGUAAG